CGGGGCACGAGCAGCAGCUGAUCCAGCACGGCGGCCAGGUGCACACUCCCUCACUCCCACUACUCACCCACACAGCUCUCACUCCCGCUCUCACACUAGCGUGGCAGCCUCACUCGGCCACCCUCACCUGGAGACCUCCCGCCCCGCGCACUCUUGCAGGAUAAGGAGUGGUGGGAGGGUGUCGAGGAGCCUGCCCGCGGUAAGGACUUCGAUACGAGAACGUUGACCAGUUGAUACUAUGACACUCCACCGGUUUCGAGAACUCUUGUAGUUGAAGUACCUAAUGAGUGCUGUCUUUUUUUUCUGUUUUGUUUCCCUUGCUCGGCUCCCUUCCCUCGGCGCGUGGUGGUGUGCUAAAAAGCUUUAAUCUUGUGAUCUUGUGCCAGAGAAAGCGGCAACGCACUUGGUCAUUCGGUCAGACCACUGAAAGUUUGUUGGGACUGGAUACGUCACGUCAUUCAGAGAAGCUGGUGACACAGAAGACGCUACUAUCAAUCUAACUUUACGUGUGACACGCAUCAUCCCCACUGAACUCUAAGGGAAGGUGCUGGAGCUUGUCAGUGAGUUGAGAGACAUGGCGCAAGACUGAAUCAUGUAGCUGAGGAAACUAACUCGCCCAAGGAGGAGGCGCGCAGCAACACAGUGUACAGCCUUGGCGAGACGCUGGAAAGAGAGUCCAAACAGAAUUCCCGGCGCAUUCGUGAAUGGUGGCGGCGGGCAAGCGUGCGUGUGAUUGAUGUGCUUUUCUGAGUGACACGAGAACCGCAGCUAUGAAUUGAAGAAAAGAAACAGUCACCUCUCGCCAGCUUCGCCUUUGUUUUACAUAUAACGCAUGUGUAGCAGCUUUAAAGGUGCUUAUAGGUAGCUCGUGUAUAAGUUUCAGAAUUAGUGUGCUUAUAAAGACACUUUCACUACGCCUGUACAUCUUGAUAUCAUGGUGGCCGCGCAGGAACAGUUUCGGGGUUGACAAGUGCUUGUGAGAAACUCCGACAAGUGUCAUGUGCCUCAGAAAUUGGUCAGAAAGCUGGCAGUAGAAGCAAACUAAAUGUUAGGAAGCGGAGGGAGAGAGUCCUUUCAGGUGUCGUCAGACGGGCAGGACCCCUCGUUCAGGAUGCAGGGACUAGCCGUGACUACUCACUCCUUAGCGGGUCAGACAAGAGCUACCGUGACUCUGCAAAACCAAGGAACUGAGAGCGGCACCUACACUCAGCAGGACUCCCUCAGCGUCAUCAGCAACAGAGGCAAGGGUCCGCAUCUGCCACAUCACAGAACGCAUCACCCUUAUGGCAGCAACGCUGACGGCCUCGCCCAUCACGACCCUUCCAGGUGCACCACGACCAAGAAUGUGAGCACAAUGGGCGGCGGGGUGCUGAGCCACGCUACUGACAACACAGUGAGCUGCGGAGAUGACCUCACGUCGCUGUCCUGGCUGCACUCCUUGGACAUGGGUGGAAUGGUGCCGCAUCUCGCCACUCCUCCCACCCCACCAGCCUCCCCGCAGCCACAUAACCCCCUGUCCUCCCACAACACACACGCACCGACCUCGGACAGAAAGAGGAAAGUCGAAGCUCAGGACAAGCUGGACAGAAUCGACUACUCCCAGGACGGCAGUGCCAAGCCUCCGUUUAGCUACGCGGCGCUCAUCGGGAUGGCCAUGAAGGAAAACCAGAACAAAAUGACUCUCUCAGCCAUAUACAAGUGGAUCAAAGAGAACUUCGCCUACUACAAGACGGCAGAUCCUUCCUGGCAGAACUCCAUCCGCCACAACCUAUCGCUGAACAAGUGCUUCCUCAAGGUGCCUCGCAGUAAGGAUGAGCCAGGCAAGGGCGGCUUUUGGAGACUAGACCCUGAAUAUGCUGACUCUUUGGUGGACGGGGUAUUCAAGAAACGACGACCGACGCGACACACUUUGCCCCCUCCCUCCAAAUCCAAAAGAAACAGAAGACUCCCCUGUCACCCAUCACCGCAACAACAGCAGCAACAGCACCAGCAACAGACACAGCAACUUGGGGUCAAAGUGUUACUGCAGCAGCCUCAAGCAGCCUUCAUGCCGCCUCCCACCAACAAGCCGCCGCCACGAGCCACCCUUUACAUCGGACAAGAUGGUACUGAAGUUGAAAGAGAGACAGUUGAGAGUGCAAGCAGUCUGAAAGAUGAGCUGGUAUGGUCUACAAUUCUGGGUGAGGAGGUCCACGAUGAAACCUGGCCUUGCCGGACUCAGGAACUGGUCACAGAUCUCAGCCAGACUGGUGACCCCUCCACUUAUCCCACCACCAUCAGCACCUCACACCCUCACCAGCACAACCUGCCACAUCAACAACUGGACUUCAGCGACCACCUAGGCCAGCAUCAUCAAGUAAUCACCAUCACAACCUCCACAACACCCUCCUUGCCAUCCUUGGAGCUCAGUCCAGCAUCUUUAGGUGUUGAGGAAGAUCUGUUUACAAGUCCAGACUGCUCUGAGGCCUCUAAUGAUGAUGCAGACUCUCUCACAUCCUCUCUUGAAAUAAAUAAUGAUGGGAGUUGGAGUAAAGGCGUUUAUGAAGAACUUCCGUCCAUGAAUACCUUUUGUAAUAGUUUAACACAACUCAGGCCCUUGGAACCCUCUACUGCUCCAGUGUUGGUCCAAGAUGCUCAUGCCUGGGGACCAGACACCAACUGGGAUGAUUCCAGGACUUUAUCACUACUUGAUGCCAAUCUUGACUUAGAAAACCUAAUAGACCUUGAUGAACUGUAAAAUCAUGAUACAACAUGGCGUGUAAUGUAAUUUAAGUUCAUCUUGCUUACGCUUCUUUAAAUAAGUCAUAUCAUGACCAAAACUUUUAAUGAAAGUAUAAAGGAAGAAAUUAAGCAAUCAGUCCUUAUGAUGAAAUGUUACACCUAACAUAUAAUUACUCUUCAAGGUUACUUCUAAAGUCCAAGCAUAAUUUCAUUUUGUGAUACUAUGUACCUAUUUUAUUUGUAGAAACACAUUAUUCUUUACCAGAAGUAUAUAAACAUUUCAUUAUUUUUUUGCUCUCCAUAAAUAUCUAUAUCUAUAACAUUGGCAGUUAGUAUUAUUGUUAUUAUGUACUUGAAGUUGAAAACUGCAAAAUUUGCCACUGUAUUAUAGAUGUACAAGUAUGAUAAUUUAUUGUAGUGAUAGUAUUAGGAUUUUAUGAAACAAAAAAAGCAAAAAUUAUUCAUUUAUGUAAACUUGAUGCUCUAAUGUGAGGAGAUAGUACAUAUAUACAUGCAUAAUUCAUAACAAAGAAGGAAGUGGGAUAAGUAGUCUAGUCAAUAAAACAUUCAUUAUGCAUAACCAAACUGAUGCUCACAAGGAGUCCUGAAUUCACUGUGCCAUAGCCUGAUUUUGUAUGUGAAUACAAGGAGUUUACUUAGAACUAUUUUACCACUUUGCACAAACGAUAUCAUUAGCUUGUAUGAUAUUCACGAUAAGCAGUUGGCAACUAUCUACUAUACAUACAUACACCACUUGGAUUGAUAGAUUUUGUGUAAGAUUACUUUGGGCUGCUACAAAACAGAAAGUAAUAGAAAGAUAACCUCAAAUUAUAUUUGUGUUAAAAAGAUUCUGCAAAUCACUGCAUGAUAAGUGACAAUAAGUAUUGCUCAUUUGUCUUUAAAGAAAGAAAAUAUGAGGCUGAUCUUUACUACUUCAUACCAAACUUUGUACUUCAAUUACAUUAAGUUCCAUUUUGCCCAUGUGUGCUUGUACAUACUAGUCAUAUUUGUUGUAAACAUAGCACUGUACCUAUCUAGUCACACUUCUCAAGUACAUACACCCUAACCUUCACAAAAUAUGAAUAUUGUAUCAUAUAAACAUAUUCCUAUGGCAUUCUCGUAUAUUAUUUUAUGUAUUUUCUUGUAUGAUCAGCAUUGUGGUUUUUGUCCAAUUUGCUGUCCCAUGCUGAAAUGCCCUAGCCCUGCAUUCCGUCCAGACUGUCAUCUAGGUCCCACAAGAGAACCCUAGUUUUCUUCCAUUGGUACCUAGAGUGUGUGCCUGUGUGUCUGUAAGCUGUUGUUAUGUACCUACUUCUAUGAGAAAGUGAAUUCCUCUGAAUGUAGCUUCCCUCAUGACAAUGCUGCUGCUAUACCUGCAUCAUACGUUUUAGACCACUAUUAUUUAUUAUGAACAUUUAUCUUCUUUCACUGAGGUUACAAAAGUUGAAAUCAAUAACACAAGGUAAUUAUAAUGUGUUAUAGAACAAAGAGAGGUGUCAGAACAUUAUAAGACAACCAUUCAUGUGUGGCCUAUAUACUGUCAAAGAUACAAACACCUCUGGACAACUGGUAAACUUGAUUUCAUCAUUUUUUUAUAAAGAAAGUCAUUAUCAUGGGAGACAAAGAAACUCCCAAGUUCAGUCCACUCAAAAAGUUGCAGCAUGGAAAUUAUUAAGCAAAAAUUUCCAUAAAUAAUCUUAAAGUUCAUAUUAUAUGAACAGAAUAAUACAUAAAAAUGGAGAAAAUUAAAUACAUAGAUGGCAUUAAGAAGCAUGAGUACAUGGAGUGAAUGAUAAUUUUGACAAACCAGUUUACUGAGAGUAAGUCUGAGAUGAAAGGGUAAAUUUGUCACUUGAAUAAAUGGUGUGGAUGCGUUGGUGAGGAACUUUUAUGAUAAUUUCUUAAUGAUCAUAAAUAUUACUUAUUAUGAGUGAAUAUAGCUGUAGAAAAUUCUUUAGUAGUAGAAGCACCAUUAACACUAGAUGGAACUUAAAAACCCUGAGUUUCGUAACUACAAAUGAAAAAAAAUCAUAAUACAUGUUAUUAAAGGCAAUGUAUAAAAUCACUGUGCUAUAAAACUAUAUGCUAAUAACAGACUUUGUGUUUUGCAAUAUAUUAUCAUGAAGUAUGAUAACACUGUUCGAAAACCAGAUGUCAAAACUUUUAACAUGUAUACAGAGCUCUCUCUCUCUCUCUCUCUCUCUCUCUCUCUCUCUCUAGGUGACUCUCUGUGGUGCAGAAUUUGACUUACAGCUGAGAGGUUGGUAGUUUUUCAGUAAGAGAUGUGAGAACUAUACUUAGAAGCCACAAAAAAAAUUUUACAGUGCUGUAAAUCACUCAAAAUACAAUCUCUCUUUCUCUCUCUCUCUCUCUCUCUCUAACACACAUGUACACACAAAGCUACUUAAAAAGAUACAUUCAUAAAAGAUUGGUAAUACAAAGUUUUGCACUACAAUAUAAAAUGAUAAUUUAGUCUUGUCCUAAAUUAUACCAAAAAUUAUUCAUGUUUUACUGUAUUAGCUCUGCAUCUUGUGUAUCUUUAAAAACAGAGUACCUCUUUAUUUUUCAAGGAUAAGAAGUAUUCUGAUGGCUUCCACAGAUAAAACUGCAUUUGUCUCAUAAUGUAAGCAUAAAAAAAAUUCAGAUGGAGCUUCAACUUUUAGGAGAAUGUGGUAUAGAAACACAUCAUAAACUUUUGAUGGAUUAGUACAAAUAAAUAUAGUCAUUAUUUUAAGACAACUAAAGGAGAAGGAACACAUAAGUAACAAAAUAAUGAGAACAAAAAGCAACUAUAUUACUCUAUAAAUAGACACUGAACCACUGAGGUAAUAAGGCAAUAUUUAACCAGUAUUAUAUGUCCUUUUUUUUUUUUUCCAUUUUUUUUCCCUAAUUCCCACCUCAUGUUUAGCCAAUUGCAUUUAAUCAUUAGUAAGGAAUUGGUAGGAAACAUUCAGUAAUAGUGAGGAUAUAAUGGGUUUUCUUCAUACAAAGACCAUACUAUACUCUUUAUACAUUUCUCAACACCAGACCACAUACAAAGCAACAGUGUAAUGGAUACAGAGGUGUCAAUUCAUACUCAUUGUGUAUGAAGAGGGAGUGGACCUGUGGGAUUAUGAUGCUGUCCACUUCUCCCAGUGCACCACUUGAAGACAGCACUUUCACCCAUGGGAAAAACAAACCUCCCAUGAUGGACAAGUCAAUCAUGUAACAAAGUGCACAGUCAGUACUGAAAUAGUCUAUGAAGUCUUCUGUAGUAUUCAAUUUUAUGUAUAUUUUCAAGAAAGCAGCAACUGAUCUAGUCAAUCUCUUGUGAAACUAAGGUACUUAUGAUGGAUUUAUUGUGAAAACUGGGAGGGAUUGAAAUAAAUGGCACAAUUUUGCCUUUUCCUAUC